CAGUAUAGCAGCGCUCUCUGGGUCUCCUCAUCUCAUUCUCUAGAAGAUGGCGGACUGCGCUUCACUGUUAGAUGAGGAGCUCUCUUCAUUCGUCUUCAAUUACUUGACUGAAAACUCCGGGAGCCAGUAUGGGGAAGAGGAGGUCUCCUCAGACCGCCUGGAUGCUGACUUCCCUGACUUUGACCUCUCACAGCUGGACGCCAGCGACUUUGACUCGGUGAACUGCCUCAGUGAGCUGCACUGGUGCAAUGAGCACUCAGACCACUCCCCUGCCUCCGUACAGUACAGCACUGGGGACACAGAGCUAUUCGAGGAAGAGAAUGCAGCGCUGCUCGCUGCGCUUACAGACAGCCUGGAUGGCAUUGUAGAGGAUGGGGUCGGGGGGCUGUCUGUGUUCCCUUCGCUGGGGGAAGAACCUGAUGAGGGCGAGGAGGAGGAAGACGACCUCCCUGCGGACAGUGAGCCCCUCACUGGCUCAAUGAGCCCAGAGACAGAAGACGCGUCUCUACUAAAAAAGCUCCUGCUGUCGCCCCCUAAUGUGCAUGUGGGCCUCGAGUCGCACAAAGACGGCAGCGCGCAUCGCCAUGGCAGCAGGAGUCUGCACGUCAAGCCCGUGAGGCCCGCGCUGAAGAAGGACAAGACAAGCACACAAGAGCGCAGGCUGCGUCCGGCGAGACCCGCCGGGCGCCUUUGCACUGAACUUCAUCGCCACCUCACCACCGCACAGGAAGCCGAGGACAUGCCUUCCGCCGAUGAUGAGGACGAAGAAGAGGACAGCGACUCUGAAGAGGAAGAGGAGGAGUCAUCAAGCAGCGAGGGGGAGAGCACGGUGUGCGUCGAGCCGCCAAAGCCCCAGUUUUCCUCUGAAAAAGAACUGCAGUCCGUCGUGGAGCUCAUCAAAUACAUGCACACGUACUGCGUGCCGACGCGCAAGCAGGCCGGCUGGGAUCGCAAAGAGCGCGAGGCGUUGGCGCGUAAGGCCAGAUCCGAAAACUCCCACGUUCCCCGCAGUCUCCCUCAGAACUGUCACAAGUCCGCCCCCCAAACCUGCAACAGCAGGCCGAGAGUUCCCUUCACUCGCCGCAGGGAAAUCAAAGCCCACUCUCUGCUCAAAGAGCUUCUGGAAGCCGUCGAGCUGUCGUUUGAUGUAAGCAAGCCGUACAGAAUGCACAGCCCUCCUUACAGCCACUGCAGAGGGGCCGCGGCGCAGCCCAACCAUGAGGUUUUUUCUCCUCCUGCACGCCAGCCCAAAGCUGAACCUAAAGACUGUGAGAGCUCGCAGAAGGGCGCGAAGCGUCCCAAGAGCCCAGAGCCUGAGGUAGGCUCAUUCUCGGUCAGGCGCUCUCGUCGCCUGGCUACCUUCCCCAGCAGGUUCGCUAAGAAGUUCCGUGUGAGCUGUGGCUGGUUGGAGCCCAGACAGUCCAAUGAAGAGGAGAACAGGGUCAAACAUCCUCCCGUUGAAGAUUUUUCCAAAAGCAGCCAGAAGAUCAACUCUCCCAAGAGCCCUGAAACCCAUAAUCCAUGCUGCAGUGACGAGAAACGCGCGUGCCUCUGUCUGCCGCUGGCUUCCAAAUCCAACGGAGAAUCGCAGUACUCAAACAAGUCCUUUGAGCAGACUCUCUGCGUGGAGCUGUGUGGCACAGCAGGCCUCACUCCCCCCACCACACCCCCUCACAAACCAGUGGAGGACGAGCUCUUCAAACCAGACGGCAAGACUGAGCUCACCACCAAGAGCUCGUGCCUGGCACGAGCGCACGUACGCAAGCUCCCGGAGCAGACAGAACUGUACGCCCAGCUGCGCCGGAUGGGCCAGACGGGCGAUGCAGACUGUAAGGGCGGCACGCAGCACGCCUACGGGGACCACGACUACUGCCUGCUGGGACCGGGGGAGAGUCGCAAGAGAACAGCGGCAGCGUUCGGCUCCGAAGCAUCCUGCCGGGAGAUACAAGGGAAUGAGGAGAUGAGCGUGAAAAAUGAGGCGGCACGGGAUGAGACCCUCGACUGCCAGCAGGGGACUGAGAGCAAGGAAGAGUUACCCACGCAAACCAGUCCCGAGCAAACCAGCGAACCCUCUCCUGCCCGCUCACCCACCCCAGAGCUGGAUGCACAGUCGCCAGUGUCCUGCUCGCCCCCGUCCCCCGGCUGCAAACUCUCCUUCAGCGAUGAGAGCUCGGAGACGUGCCAUGAAGCAUCAGAUAAAAGAAGCAAGUUACAGUGUGGACAAGAGAAUGAUGUGAACAAGUGCCAAGUGAUCUACAUUCACAACCUUCCGAGCAGCGUCACUCAGUCCAUGCUGCGCAAGCGUUUCGAGGCCUUUGGUCACCCAGAGGACUGUAAAGUGGUCAUCAAAAACGAGGAGCGUUGUGGAGUCAUCACUCUGAGGUCCUCACAGAACGGCCAGACCCAACGACACAGGUGGGAGUCCCUGGGUCCGUGCGGGGGGAACGGCAGCCGGCGGUUCGGCAGGAAGCGUUACAUAGAUCUGGAUGAGGCAGGUCCAGGACCAAUAAAGAGCAAGUACGAUGCACUGGACUUUGACGCUCUACUGAAGGAGGCCCAGAGAAGCCUGCAUCGCUGAAACGCCUUAGCACGCCUCCAGCGUCCCCGCUCUGUCCGAGACUCGACUCAGAACCUCAACCAAGGCACCUCUUCAUGUUUACAUUUGAAUAAAAGAAAAUGGACCUUGUCACUUGUAACUGAGGAUUGGAGGACACCGGGGCAGGAUGACACAAACUAUCACAAACAGCUUUGAAAACACGGACACAAGUGCUGCUUCUCACGCACGACCGUGACCCCGACGGCAUCCGUGACGUCGCGAGCGGCCCGGGCUUCGUAGCAAACCGCACUCUUUUCCGUUUGUUGUCGUGACGUGCGUGUGUGCUUUUUUUAUUUCGUUUUUACCUCUCCGUCACUCGUCAUAGACCUGCAAGGUGCUUUUAUCAUUUCGUCGUAUAAAUAUAUAAACAAUAACUGCUUUGUAUUAGCAAACCUUUGUGGAUGUUUAACUCUUUGUGCGUGUGUUACGAUGAAAAGUGGAUUUAAAAAACGGCAAACAUAAAAAUCCUUACAAGGUAGAGUUUACGAAUCAAAAAGGAAAGAAAAAUAGUCUUUUUGUAAUUUUAGUGCUUCCUUGAUUUCAUCUAUGCACUCAAACGAGGUAGUGUUUCUUUUAUCCGCCCUCUGCCGUCCUCUGGUUUGGAUGGGGAUUUUUGCUGCUGGUCGCCACUGAGUCCAAAUCAUGCGACUGUGGAAGGUGAAGUGUGUUUUUUCCCGGUUUAAUCUACAGAGAUCUUGUGUUCCUGUAGCUCAAUUGGUAGAGCAUUGCGCUAGCAACAUGAAGGUCAUGGGUUUGAUCCUGAGUAAACAAAAUGUACAGCUUGAAUUCUCUAUAUGUGGCAAUCGCAUCGCCCAGCACGAGUUUGUGUCUUUUCGCAUCUCUGCAUUACCUUUUUAUGUAAUUUACUCACGCAAAUAGUUCAAUUCGCGUUUGGUGUGAACACAUCAUUAGUAUUUUGACUUGUUUUGCAGUACAUAUUUCUAAAAUUCUUAAAUCCCAUUUUCGUCAGAAGAAAAAUCCGAUAUUAGGUCUUGUUUUCUGACAAAAAGUUUUAACGCGUAAAAUGAGUAAAAAUAUUUGCCAAUGGGGUAAGACAACUUUUAAAUCUUUAUAAAGUACUGUAUAUAAAUGUAUUUUUCUAACCCUAUUGUGAGUUGUUUUUACUUGUUUUUCGAAUUUUUAUAUUUUCUUUUAGAAAAUACCACUUUGCUUAUGAAAGCCUAUCUUGAAUUAAGAUUUUUUUUUAGAUAUUUGUACUGGAAACAAGGCAAAAAUACAUAGAGAAAUUAAGUACGAAAUUCAUCUCUUUCAGUGCACUCACAUACCCAGAUAGCACAAUCCAUCUGGCUUACGUCUAUUUGACAUCUGCAUUUACAUCUGCAAGACAUCUGACCAGAUGUAUGUGCGCUAUCAGGGUAGUUUAACUAUAAAUGAUGUUUGUCCAACCGUUUAAAAACGUACGUGUUUAUGAAAACUGUGGAUUUUUGCCGUUCUGUUUGGUGAUGGUACUGGCGUAGAAAUUGCACACUUUAUCUUUAACUUUCCAGAUAGCGCAGGUACAUCUGUAAGAUGUCUGCAAAAGAUCUGAAGGUCUGGAAAACAUCUGCUAAACGUCAGUUUUACAUUCAUUCAAAAUCAUAAACAUCUUAUAGACGUCUUCUAGAUGUCCAUAUGACAUCCGACAGCAGACAUCUCAGAGACGCAUUGCAGAUGAGCAAACAAUAAAAAAAAGGUCUUGCAGACGUAAACGCAUGUACCCGUGCUAUCUGGGUUACUUAUGUUUUUGCCUAAACCAAAUCCAGUCGCGUCCAGAAUCCGUCAAACCCUCUCUGAAAACAAAUUCACAUUCUACAGGUUUGACAGAAACAGUCAUAGUAUUUCGAAGUAUGGAAUGUACCCGUCACAAAAGCGAUUGUAGACCGUCCAUGCGUUUGGUCUCAUUGGCUAGACUCUCCCAGCAGCACAGCCCCGGGACGUCCAGAUGAAGUCCAAUGGCUUUCACUUCUGGAUGCUCAUCCAGCCAAGUUCUCCCGUUUGCGAUUCUUGAGAGAAGGGUGGCGGUAAACUAGGAGGAAGAUCUUCCCAGAGCUCAGUGUCAUUAGAGAUACGGUCGUAUCUCUGCUUUGUUUACAUGUCACUCUCUCGUACUCUUUCUCUCGAAGCUCAAAACACUCAGUUUUGUAACUCUGUCCCGACAGGGGUAGAUCUGCGGGUUUUUAUAGCUCUUACUUUGUGGCUAAUUCUAUAUUUGUCCUCGAUGUCUGUUUUUUGAAGUCUAAACGUGUACCUGUGUAUAACUGCGUGUGUCGUCCGUGUCUUUUAGGAACGGGGUUACUAUAUGCUGGGAGUUGAAGUCUGUUCUCUCCCACACUUGUCGCUUUUAUUCUGCGGGUCGCCUCUUCAAUCCUUGAACUCUGUUGUUGUAGUACAGUCGUGUGUGUGCGUGUGCUGGCGUAAGGAGGGACGUCUGCCUCUUUACUCGCGCAUUAUCCCUGCCUCUCCCCUUUAUCCAAUUGCCUCCUUUGAAACACGCCCCAAAACCUGAAUGUUUACAUGAUUGAAUUCUCCUUUGACUUGACUAGAGCGCAAACUUAAGUACUGAAGCCUUAUUCAGUGUUAAAGUACCCUAUCAGGACGUGCCUUUCGGCUUUCCCUCUUACGGUACCGAGCAGUUACUUUCUGAAUAUUACAAUCCUGGGAAUUCUAAAACGCCCAAUAAGAUCUGAAUGAGCGUUUGCGCUUAGUAUGUAUACUACUUAACAAAUGUGAGAAUGUGCUGGUUUACAUGAUAAUAUAUAAAUAUAUAUAUAUAUAAAGAGAGGUAUAUAAUGUGUAUAUAGCACUGUAAACAUGAGAUGUAUGGUUCCGUGCUGUACAGCGAUGUGGUAACAUGUGGUUUAAGGGGGGCUCUGAUUUGUCGAUGUUUGUCAAGAGCCAGAGGUUAAUGCAGCGCUAAGCAAUACAGGGAAAUCCAGAAGGGAAUUUUCAUUGAUAUGGCUUCAUAAGUCAAACACAGUUGUAUAAAGUAUCCCUUUAGAAAAUGUCGAAAUGUUUUUUUUUAAUAUGACUUUAAUAUGUUUUAUUUUUUAUGCAAUUGAGAUGCAAUAGCGCUAAGCUAAGAGAGCCUUUCUCAUGAACUGAAAGAAUUUAUUGAUGAGAUUGGUUGCUUUAAGGGCGUCAGGGGAAUUCAUGAAGGAUCCUUUACUGUAUGUUGUCCAUCGAUGUAGAGAUGAAACGGCUUGAAUAAUUCGCAAACUGAUGUUUCGGGUGGACUUUUUUAUGCGAAAAAUGCCCAGACGGCCCAAUCUCACAAGGAGAGCCUUAAACUUUAGGGGAAAACAAAGCUAUCGAUUCUGUCGGAUCUCCUUUACAAUCCAAUGUCUUUUUCAGUACAGCCAUAUUAUAAAAGGUAUAUACAUAUAUAUGAUUAUAUAUAUAUACAUAUAUAUAUAUAUUUGUGUGUUUGUGUAGAUAAAUAUAUAGCUAUAAUUUGUUAUAGACCAUUUUAUUCAGUGUUUCAGAACACUUCGUUUCAACUUACACUGUCAAUCUAGAAUGUACAGGUGAUCCAAAUAAAACAUAUAUAUUGAAAAAACACCAUCCAAAGGGAACCUUCUUAAAAUGCAAUACAUUUUUUCCAGUCAUUUCAGUUAUCGCUAGACAAGUUGACCAAAAAGUACAUUUGAUGUUUGGAUACGGGAGAAGUGUGGUACCACAUCAAAUCCAUUUCACGGAUGUCACGAUCGGUUGGUUUGGCCCUUAAAUGUAUGUGUGAGUGUGUGUUUGUAUGCGAUUUCUCUUUUUUAGUUCCUAUUUUAACUCACUACAUCUAUCGUCCUACACAUUUGCAAAGUACGUUCUUGCAGGGUCGAAGAGAAUUUGCCCUCCGAAUCAGAUAUUGUCUGCUUUACAUGUAAUCAUGUUUAUCAAGAACAAACGUUUGUGUCAAUUGGGUGCAUUAGUUAACAAUGAUGUCAUCACAUCCACGUCGCAUUUUAUUGCUGCUUCAAGACCUUGCGUUGUGUGAAAACGAAAUCCAAGUCAAAGGGCAUCCGUUGCUUCUCUCAUUGUUUUGUUUAUUUUUUGUGUGUGACUAUUUACAUCUAAUGACUAUCAGAUUCACUAUGAUUUUUCUUUUUUUAACGUAGUUUUUGGUAAAUACUGCUAGUAAGAUUUUAUAUUUUUACAUAUAUUUGUUUUAUUUUUAGUUUUUUUUAUUUAUACUGUAUGCCUCUUAGUUUGGAUGUCUUUUAAAUGGUGUUGGUUUUUUUCGGUAUCGUGUGAUUUCAUACGUCUUUGAGAAUGUGGAGACAAAUGCAUUUCAGUAUUUUUAAAUUGUUAAAAAUCUAGUUUCCUAGAUCGAAUUAUCAAUAUAGUGAAAAUUAUUUGAUGUCAUAAAUUAUAUUUUAAUUCAUGUACAUAGUUUUAAAAAAGCAGGCAAUGGCUUCCUUUUAAACUGAACACGUUUCUCUUCCGAGAUUGUUUACAUUAUAAAACUGUAGAAACUGAUCCCUAUAUACUGUAAAAAACUUACAUAUAUUCAUUGUUUUGCCUCCAAAAAAUAAAACCCAUAAUGAACAACGUUCUCUGUUCUUGUACUGA